UGUUUUUAUUAGUUUUGCUUACAACAAACACAAGAACAGUUUCUGAGUAGUUUAAACAUGAAAAUGUUUGCGGCUUGCCGUUUCAUGGUUGGAAUAGAAAACGGUGAAAAAUAACCUGAAUUGUUAGGGAAAUACAGAUUUAGAUUUUUUCAGAUCUUGAUCUAGAUUUUUUCAGAUCAAGAGGCAUAUGAAAAGAGGUUUUAAGUUUUUACGUAAUUCUGUUUAACUGGAUUGUGCUGAUUGUGGGAGAUGCAGCUUACAAAAUUACAGGUAUACAUGAAACAACAACCGUUCUGUUAUACAUGAAUCAGUAAAGCCAGGUAAUAUUCAACAUUUCCUUGUAAAUAUAGUGAUGUGCUGUAUGAGCAUGACUCAUCACAAUCCUGUACAAAUCUGAAAACAUAGAGUUUGCAGCCAAGAUAAAGAAACGUGUUUUUAAACAAUUAACUGCUCAAAAGUUCUGCUUUGUCUUUUUUAUUAUGUGUAGCUCAGGGUGGCAUAAAUAUGACUGUCUUUUUAGGUGAACAGUGUUUUCAAAUAUAUGUGAUUUUAGGCUAAAUUCAAAUUCUCAUGAAAGAAAAUUUGAAAAAAAAGUGAGAUAAAACAAUUAAAGAAAACAAUUUUAAAAAAUUUAAAUAAGUCUAAUCAGGACAAGUAAAACAUGUUGGUGUAUAAAACUUAAGCAAUGACUUAUUUAAACAGUUCCUACAAAUUUGUACACUUACAAACUCAAAGUUUCUUCAUCAAGCAUCAUACACUCAUAAAACAUUACACAUUGUCACUUUCAAAGGCCUGACAUUAACCGUAAACACCAUGGAUAAUAAUGGGAAAUUUGACAUUUAAAAACUGAAAUAUUAAACUUUGAUAUUCAAAUAGAUUUAAAUAGGUAGAGGUGCAGUGCAAUAGCUCAGCUUCCUGCCUUAAUAACCAGUAAACAAUCUCUCAUCAGUCUGUAAAGGGAAAGGUAUUGACUGAACCAUCAAAAACCUGCGUGUCUCUAAAAACGUAAACAUAAAAAGUUCUCUAAAUACCGAGCCAUUUAUGAAUACGAGGUGAAAUAAAAUUUUUGAUAGGUGCUCUGCGGUGUUUUUCAAAGCUGGGGAUCUGCUUUGCAUCAACACUGUAGGGCUAAGUCAGAGGACAAGGAAAUACUUUCCCUUCACAGGGUAACUGUCUGAGCAUCUAAACUUCUACCAAAUGAAGAUUCGUGUCAGAGUUAGUGGCAAGGUCAGGAAAGAAAAAGCAGAUUUGUUUAAUCUUGAAAAUAUUCAUUUCAAAACACGGGGUUAACAAAAUUGGACAAAAACAAAAAGGAAAAACAUUUAUAGUCCAACGAGUAUUGAUUCCAACUGCAAGAGUUUGUGGUCAGAGUUCGGCAGAAGUAGAGAGUGAUGGUGUAAUGGUGUAUGGAUUCUUGGCACCAUUUGUUGCUCUUGUUUAAACACUACUUGAGUUUUGUUGCUACUCCAUCCAUUUAAGACCUGAUCUUCUGAGAAGGUUUUUCUACUUUUUUGUUUUUUGAACUUGAAGACUUCACUGUACCCCUCUGCGCCAGAGCCAGAGAGGUACAGUGAAAAUAUAUUUCAGUUGUUGAUAGAUCAGCAACAACUGCAGAUCUAUCAAGUUAAUAUUGUGCACACCGGCGUCCUCGUGGCAGUUAAAGGGUUAAGGGAAUGUUGGCAGCGAGCUUGUAAAGUAAAAUAUUCUCUCACUCCACCUGUUCUCUUGGAGUGAGCUGUUACACCAAAUGCCAAAGGUCAUACUCGCUUGGCAGAGAUUUAAAAGAUUGGUGGAUUUCUAAGUAUACAGGCGUUGGAGCUAGACGAGUUCUUCUACUUGCUUUAUUGAUCUUACAUAAAGACCCAUCGGACUGCAGACAGACGCAACAAUGAAGUUUGAGAGUGUUCUUGCUGAUAUUAAUGGAUUUGGAAAAUUUCAGAUAAUGAUUAUUGCCAUCAACUUCCUGGGUCGCUUCACGCUUCCUUGCCACUUCAUGCUGAAUAAUUUUAUCGCAGCAACACCAGCUCAUCACUGUGACAUCAGCUCGCUAGAUGAUUUUCUGAAUUUAUCUCAGGCAGAAAGAAUUACUACGAGUAUCCCAGUCGAGACAGAUGGGAGGCCCAGCUCCUGUAGGAUGUUUGCAAAGCCUCAAUAUCACCUGUUGCUCAACUCUUCUGAUGUUACUGAUGCUGCCACUGUGCCAUGCCAGAACGGAUGGGUGUACGACAACACAACCUUCAAAUCAACAAUAACCUCAGAGUGGGACCUUGUGUGUGACAGAAGAGGUAAAAACAAAGCAACAGCAAGCAUCUUCUUUGCUGGAGUAAUGUUUGGAGCAGUAGCCUUCGGAAGUCUAAGUGACAGGUUUGGCCGCAGGAUCAUGCUCCUGGUGUCAUAUGUAUCUGGCAUGCUGUUUGCUGUAGCAAGCGCCUUUUCUACGACCUACGUGAUGUUUGCAGUGUUGAGGUUCUUCACUGGGUUCUGCAUCACUGGCAUUGUCAUCAUCUCAUGCGUUCUCUGUGUGGAGUGGGUGGACAUUGAACACAGGAAACUGGUCGGAGUCAUUGAUAGUUUAUCCUGGACAUUUGGCAACACAGCAUUUGCAGCAAUUGCUUACUUUGUGACUGACUGGCGUUGGCUCACUCUAAGUGUUACGUCGCCUUUAAUCUUGGCAAUCAUCACUUGGAGGUGGAUGCCUGACUCAGCGAGGUGGCUCAUUGCCAAUGGAAAACUGGAGCAGGCUGAGAUAUACCUGAAGAAAUGUGCCAAGAUAAAUCAAAGAGAAGAUUCCAUUCACACACUAAAAGCAGAGACAUUAUCCACAAUUGUAGACAAGGGGGCAAGAGGAAGAACUUAUACAUACCUUGACUUGAUUCGAACACCUAAGAUGAGGAAACUAUCUCUGCAAACGGGCCUCUUAUGGUUUUGUAUUGCUACAACAUUUUACGGCAUCAGCUUCAACAUCACGGGCUUUGGCUUAAAUAUCUACCUUACUCAAUUUACCUAUGCUGUAAUUGAGUUGCCAGCCAAACUAUCAGUUUACUAUUUGCUGGAUAAAAUCGGCAGGCGCAGCACUGAGGCGGGAGCUUUGCUGUUGUCUGCGCUCUGCCUUGGAAUCAACAUUGUCAUACCAAAAGAUAUGUCUGUGGCCAGAACAGUUGUUGCCGUUGCUGGAAAGGGGUUUUCUUCAGCUUCCUUUGGAAUGGUUUCGCUGUACACUUCAGAGCUGUAUCCAACUGUAGUUAGGCAAAAUGGAAUGGGCUACAACUCAUUCAUGGGUCGGUUUGGCGUUGCUGUGUGUCCUCUGAUCCUGUUACUAGAUGAGGUUUGGAAGGAACUUCCGCAGGUGGUCUUGUGCUCAACAGCUUUACUGGGAGGACUGGUGGCAAGGACUUUGGCAGAGACACGCAACAGGUGUCUGCCAGAGACCAUUGAAGACGUUGAAGAAACGCAGUCCAACACAAAUCAGAAGGCGUAAAUAUUUUCAUGGAAAAUGCAAACUGGAUGUUGACGGCUUGAUUUGUGCAAAUUUGUCUGCAAUUGAGUGGUGGGGCUUUAUUUGUGAAAAGUUGACAUUUUAAGAUUAAAAGUAGGUUUUGCUUGGUAAUGCCAGCCAAUAAAGGAUCUUGAGUCUCAGUUCACCACUGUUUUUGAGUUUCAUGUAUGUCUUCUCUUGGCAAAGCUUUAUGUUGUCACUGUCAAUUGAGUACAGUGCAAAUAUGCCAAAAUGAGCAUAAAUAUAUAUGGCAAACUGAAAACAGUAAAUAGAAAUGUAAAAAAAAAAAAAAGAAUUAACAUGUCAUUUAAUUUUUACGCGACAAAGCCAAGACAUAGUUCAAACUUGAAGUAAAAAUAACUCCCAAUCAAAUAAUUUUUGUCACACCAAUCCAGCAAAAAAAAAAGUAUCCACAAAAAUAAAGUCAAAGCUUGUUUAUUUAAGAAACAAAGCAAGCACAGAUCUUUGUUAUGGCUCCAAAGGCUCCUGAAUUAAAUUCAACCACAUCUAUAAAACCUGCUUCAAAUAAUUUCUUUUGAAAAUCAUAUUAAGCUGGAUCUAACGACUGCUGCUGAUAUUUCAUGUCAUUACACCUACUUACGGAACCGACAUUGAUGGAAAAACAAAAAUAAGCAAAAAAUACUAAAAAUCAAAAA